AUGCCGCGGACAUCGGACUUCUACAGGUAUAGAGAACUGGACGGAUCAAAGCAGCAGAUCCGUCUCGCAAGAUUGUUGCGAUCUCAACCUGUGGCCGAUACGCUAUACAAACGCGACUUCAUUUACUGCGAACUUGAGAUAUUCGACAUCAACACUGCACCCGAGUUCAUCGCUCUGUCAUACACUUGGGGUGGACCAUCAGAUAAUAGGUAUAUCGUUAUCGAUAACAAGCUGCUCGCUGUUAGAAUAAACUUGUUCGAUUUCCUUUCCGCCUUUCGCUCAGACGAAGCCAAUACCCAGUACCUCUGGAUCGAUCAGAUAUGUAUCAACCAACAGGACACGGCAGAACGCAAUCAUCAAGUUCGCCUAAUGGCUCGGAUUUACUCCGAAUGCAUCUAUGUCAUCGUUUGGUUAGACCUGUCUUCGUUAAGAGCAGCGCGGAGGUAUUCCAAAAACAGGAAUGCCGAGAACACUGAGGCUAUCUUGAGAAACCGUUACUUCACGCGUCUAUGGAUCGUGCAGGAAGUAAUGUUACCCAAAAAGGCACAUAUCAUGUGCGGUCACGUCUGGAUCGACUGGGAUGUCCUCUUCAAGGCCGCAUUCAUGGGCUGCGAAGACCCUCGAGACAAGCUAUACGGUAUGCUCGGCCUCAUCUCUGAAACGCUACGGCCUAUCGUGGAUUAUUCGAACACCAAGGAAGACGUCUACCUUGAUGCCAUCAGAAUCCUUGGUCCAUUUUUCUGCAUGGACGCCUCGAAUUGGUGGUGGCAGGACUUACCGUUGAGAAUGGGUGUCCCGUUGGCUCAUGUUGUAUCGUUGCAGCCUUUCGUCACUGGUCUACUUGCUUGUGGACAAAAAGAAAACAAAGUUGACCCAAUAUGGACUUUGCAAGAUAUGGGCUUUGUAAAAGCAGAUCCAACGCGUCAUUAUCCGGGUCGAUGGUGGUACGAGUACAAAGGCGUACGACAUUACCACGACUGUAUUUCCUCCAAGGACGAGCCUGCAAACUCGGAAGCUGCUUUGUGGUCCUUACUCGAUGCUACGCCUGAACGAGGCUCGGGAUUUCCCGCAGCGCCACCAGUCGGGGUAGCCAAGCUUGUUAGAGAUCAUUAUGAGGAUCAUCAAGCCUUCGAAAACGAUUUCCGCUUUGCCGAUAUGAAGCUCACCGCAAGUUCAAGCGUCUUCCUGACACUCUUUGUGCAUGCAAUUGCUGCCCCCGCGCAUUCGAAGCAGAAACAAAGUUCCUUUAAAUGGCAUUCCACAGAAUCUCUGAUAGCCUUUGGGGAUAGCUACACGUACGUGCAGGGUACUCUCGGCCACCAAAACUACACCUCCAUUGGCGAUGAAUUCAACUUCUCUUUUACGCCCGCACAGCUCUUUUCGAAUCGCAUCGUGCAGAACCUUACGGGAACGGCAGAAGGUGGCCCUAAUUGGGUGGAGCUUUUGACUGGGUGUGGUGUCGAGGAUGGUUUGCACAAUCCAAGAGAGUGCAAUAUGCAGCUCUGGGACUUUGCAUACGCAGGCGCGAACACUAUCGAGGAAGCUGGAUUCACACCCCUUCAUCACAACCAUACUGUCUCACUCGAGCGUCAGAUCGAACAGUUUGCCUCCUACGGCAAUCCAGCCCUCGAAUCAAUUCAUCUCAACAAGGAAAAAGCCCUCGUAGCGAUAUGGAUCGGCAUCAACGACAUCAAUGACCUUGUCUCAACCCAAGGCAAAAACGCUUCUUUUGCACCACUCUACGAGAAGAUUCAGGACCGAGUCUUUGAGAAUGUAAAGAAGAUCUAUGAACUUGGCUACAAGAACUUCCUCUUCAUGAAUCUACCGCCUCUGGAUCGUGGGCCAGGCACGCCCAAUGUCAACGCGUCGCUCGUUGCUUCUUUCAACAAGAUUCACGCUGCACAUGCCAACGACUUUCAGUCCGAUCAUAAGGACGUGAAGGUGCUUCAGUUCGACGUGAACAGUGUUUUGAACUACGUUUUGGAUCAUUACCAAGACUACGGGUUCAAAAACGUCACCGACUACUGCCCUGGAUAUAAUCAGCCAGAUAUCCUGACAAAUCCAAGCCAAUAUGGAUGCACGGACUUGGAUACGUACUUUUGGUACAAUUCAGGGCACCUGACGAGCCGAACGCAUAAAGUCAUGACAAAAGCCUUGAAACGAUGGUUGGUAAAACAGUAA